AUGGCGACCGUUACCCAUAUGAAGGCGACCAUUCUAACUAAGAUCGGCGGACCCGAAGGCUUCGAGGUCUCAGAUAAGAUACCAGUUCCUAAACUAAAGGAUGGCUUCGUAAUUGUGAGAAACACAUUUGCUAGCCUGAAUUUCAUCGAUGUGUAUUUUCGAACCGGUGCCUAUCCUACCCCCCAAGGCCCGAAUUUGAUUCUGGGCCAAGAGGCUUCUGGAAUCAUCGAGGCAGCGCCUGAGAACAAUCCAUUCGGUUUCCAAAAGGGCGACCGUGUGGUAUGGAUCGCUCAAGGUGGCUAUGCACAGUACACAGCAGUUCCAAUCACCCAAGUCAUCAAGGUUCCAUCAGGUGUUGCGGACGAGGACGCAGCGGGUGUGUUUUUGGCUGGUAUGACAGCGUUGGCUUCGAUCAACGAGUCUUUCAAUGUCAAAGCUGGUGACAGUGUUCUUGUACAAGCUGCUGCGGGAGGAUUAGGUCUAUUGCUUUGCCAAGCUCUUCGUGAUAGGGGUGCGUUGGUGAUCGGAACUGCUGGAGGACGUGAGAAAUGUGAACUAGCACUGCAACAUGGAGCGGACCACAUGAUUGAUUAUCGAGAGGAGAAGAACUGGGCCGAGAAAGUGCGGGAAUUGACAAAUGGGGAAGGUGUUGAUGUGGUAUACGACGGCGUUGGCAAGGAUACCUGGGAGGGUAGCCUUGCGGCAGUGAAAAGGUUUGGCAAGGUUGUUUUCGUUGGUAGCGCCAGUGGUCCAGUGCCUCCCUUUUCCAUUGAAAGGUUGACUGAAAAGAACGUGUCUAUCAUGCGUCCCACUUUGCGAAACUAUAUCGGUACAAGAGAGCGACUUGAGCGAUAUGGCAAUGAGGCCCUUGACAUGGUGCGAACUGGAAAGUGGAAGGUCCGAAAGCACAGCCACUACUACUCUUUGGAAGAGAUAGAGCAGGCUCACAGAGACUUGGAAAGCCGGGCUACUACGGGGAAAAUGUUGAUCAGAAUUUAG